AUGUAUUGUGCCAUGGGGCUUGGUUGGGUAGGGUUGGAUUUUCGGGGCCUACUUCCACCUCUUUUUGAAGAGGCUGUUUUAAACCUAUUUUCAAAAAACAUGAACACAGCAGUGGAGAAUUUUCAGUUGGUUUUGGAUUCUCAUCGAUGGGUCCCACUACCAUCAGUUGGCUUCUCAUCCAAUAGCGUUGGUGAUGAAAGCCAGGAAGACAUUACACCUCCUCCAAGUCUAAUGGAGCAUUCGCCUCUUGCUGUUUUUGUUAACGGUGUAUCUGCUGCAAUGAAUGAGCUGAGGCCAUGUGCACCAAUAAGUUUGAAACAUAUUCUUGCUCAAGAACUAGUGAAAGGGCUGCGAACUGUUUCUGAUUCUUUAUUAAGAUAUAACACCACAAGGGUGCUAAGGGAGAACGAGUCUGUUCUCUUUCUUUCUCUCUGCAGAGCAUUCAUAGAGGUUGCUUAUCCACAUUGUGGUACAUGCUUUGGACGAUGUUACCCUGGAGGCGCUUCUCUCAUCACGGAUGGAAAGUAUGUGUUGGAGGGGCUUUCUCGUCUUUUGACAACGUCAUCUUUACGACACUUACCAAAGAGAGUUCAAAAUAAUGUUAAUGCUACCGGUGAGACAAAGAACGUAGCAGAAAACGGCAAUCCUCCUGCGGCAGUUGAAAAUGGAUCAUCAGUCACAGACACAGUCUCAGCCACAACAGAUAAAGAAAUGGAGAAUAAUAAUGUGGUUGAGGAAGAUGACAAGAACAUGGUUCAACAAACUCAUGAAAAACAAAGUGAACAAUAAAACCUUAUGUGCACUCCGGAUUCUUAAACUUUAAGAUUUUUUUUUUUGAAUAGCUAAAUAUUUGCACAAGUUAUAUUUUUGUAUUAUAUUAUAAGCCUAUGAUUAUGAAUGAGUAUGUGCUAAAUGAUAUACAAGG